GUAGCAUGACUGGUGGGGCAUUAGGACCCAGAGGUUGCUGGGUGGAAGAGGUAGAAUCCCUUGCUCAGUGUCUGUCAUUCUCAGUGCUUCUGCAGCUUUGCUCCUGAUCUCCUUCCAUGGUGACUGAUCACCCCCUGCACCUACAGAGAGUAAGAGGCCUAGUCAGGACGUCCUCUCACUGGCCCAAUGGCAUCUCCCAGAACUGUAACCGUUGUGGCUCUCUCGGUGGCUCUGGGGCUUUUCUUUGUCUUCAUGGGGACGAUCAAAUUGACCCCAAGGCUCAGCAAAGAUGCCUACAAUGAGAUGAAACGAGCCUACAAAAGUUACGUACGGGCCCUUCCCAUGUUGAAGAAGAUGGGAGUCAGCUCAAUCCUUCUCCGCAAGAGCAUUGGUGCCCUGGAGGUGGCAUGUGGAAUUGUCAUGACACUGGUGCCUGGACGCCCCAAGGAUGUGGCCAACUUUUUCCUCCUGCUUCUCGUGCUCACUGUGCUCUUUUUUCACCAGUUAGUGGGUGACCCACUCAAGCGCUAUGCCCACGCCCUUGUCUUUGGGAUCCUGCUCACUUGCCGCCUACUGAUCGCCCGCCAGCCUGAGGAGCAGCCACCUGAGAAGAGGAUCCUGUUGGUGAAUGGUGAUGAGCAGCCACUUGCCCAGGAGGCUGCUCCUGAGAAAGGCAAAGUAAAGGUGUCUUAGAGGAAUGCAUUUGAGGGACAGCUCCAGGCAGCUCUCUCUCAAAAAAAACAAACAGUUUUUUUAUUCUUUUUUGUUUUGUUUUGUUUGUUUAAAAGGUUGCAUUAGGGGCUUAGGAAAAACAGUAUGUCAGCCAAUCACCACAUGAUGGCUUGUGCAACCCAAACACCAUAGAACUACCCUCUUCCCUAACCAUAUACAUACACACUGUCUUUUAAUUAGUCCAUGGGGGAAAAAUGUACCUUGUUGAGUGUGUGUUCAUGGGAGGGAGCCCCUACUCAGAACCACCUCUGUGACAAGUCUUCUGUGUGGACUGGUUAUGGGGAAAAAGAUCUGUGAUCCGUUUAUACCUCACCUGCCUGGGUUUCCCCUUUUGCAUCAGGUUUAACACUAGAGCAAAGAACUGGACAGAGAAACUAUUUUUCCUGCUUUCCAUGACCAAUUGUUGCAUCACUCUCAGUGAAGAAUAAGGAUUACCGA